AUGAUCUCCAAAUCGAGCUCACUACCAACGCUCUUGGUUCUUUGCCAAUCGCUUCUGACUCCGGUCAUCUCUACCGAUAUCCCCGAACAAGCUCAAGUGAUUGACCAGACAGCGUUCAAUGUCUUGGAUACAACCCGGCCCCCUGCGGAGUUUAACUCUACAAGUCUCUUCGUUCCACCAGGCUCGACUGAAGAUAGCCUGCUUAACCGACCUUUCCAUGUAUACGAUGAGGAGUUCUUAAAAAUUAUCGGAGAAGCUCCUACUCUGACGCGCAUUGGGCAUUCCCCAAAAGACCCUCUAUUCCACGAGGCUGUCGUAUGGUCCAGAGAAAACGAUGAAGUCUUCUUCGUUCAGAAUGCAGGUGCCAAAGAUGCCGGCACAGGCCUGAAGAAGUCGGCCAUCAUUGAGAAGAUCUCUCUUGCGCAGGCCGCUGCUGUUUCUGACAAGACCGAUGCUGUGGGUCUUGUGAAUAUUACCACUGUACCCUCGUCGCCUACGGUACUGAAUCCAAACGGCGCCACAAACUAUCGUGGCCAAUUGAUCUUCACUAGCGAGGGCCAGGGCGAUGACAAGCCCCCUGGUCUAUCGGUGGUGAACCCGAACAGCCCUUAUAACUCUACAGUCAUUCUGAACAACUACUUCGGUCGUCAAUUCAACUCUUUGAACGAUGUGGCGAUCCAUCCCAAGAACAAGGAAAUUUACUUCACCGAUACGAUCUACGGCUACGUGCAGGAUUUCCGCCCGGCUCCUGGUCUGCAAGACCAAGUAUACCGCUUCAACCCAGACACCGGUGCCGUCACGGUAGUGGCGGAUGAAUUUGUUCAUCCGAACGGUCUGACCUUCUCGCCCGAGGGCGAUUACGCAUAUAUCACCGACACGGGUAUCGCCGACGGCUUCUUCGGUCUCAACUUCACUCGCCCAGCCUCUGUUUACCGAUACGAUGUCAAAGAGGAUGGGACUUUUGAAAACCGCAAAUUAUUUGCCUUUGUUAACUCCGGUGCCCCCGAUGGUGUUCACUGUGACUCUUGGGGCAACGUGUAUGCGGGUUGUGGAGAUGGUGUCCAGGUCUGGAACCCAUCCGGCAAACUCAUCGGUAAGAUCUAUGUGGGAGCUACUUCGGCAAACUUCAACUUUGCUGGACAGGGUCGGAUGGUGAUCUGCGCUGAGACGGAUCUUUACUAUGCCACUCUUGCUGCGGGUGGUAAUUACGUUGAGAGCGAGAUGUGA